AAUAUAUAGCUAAAUUUUAAGAAGACAUUGAUUGUAGAGUGGUGAAAGUUAGAUUGGAGCAUGAAGCAGCGUAGGGUGUCAAAUAUGGGUGAUAUUGUUAGGAUCUAUGUAAUAGCCUCUGCACUGUUUAUGUGCGCGUUUUCUUUCACCCCUUUUGGGAAAGAAAAACGAAGUGUGAGGCCCGGACACUCUCACUACAUUCACGAAACUGUUUCUUCAUUACAGACAAUCAGGAUUCAACAUGCUGAAAGUGGAAGGUGUUUAGAGCCUGUUUCCAAAAUUCUGAAAGCAAAUGGGUGCGAUGUCAGUAACAGCAAUCAGCUCUUCCAAAUGACACCAACAGGGAUUCAUCAAGGAAAGCUGAAGCACUUGGGAACAAAUCUGUGUUUGUCGCUCUCAUCCAGCUCUGAUCAGUUGAUUCUGUCGUCGUGUACAACGAAUAAUGCCGUGAAUGUGUGGAAAUGUCAUUUUCCCUAUGUCGAACAAGGUAAAACUUGGCUCGAACGUGACUGGGCAGGGAUGAGGACUGUCCAAGGAACAAAGUGUGUCAGUGUGACGAGUGAUGGUCAAGUCAAGUCAAAAGAUUGCACGGCUUAUGGAAAAAAUGUUGAAGAAAAGAUAUUUGUUCAUGGGAAAAAGCUGAUGGGAGUGUGUGCAACAGCAGGAUACCUCGGUCCAAGAACAAAUGAUUCCAAUUACUAUUAUUUUCAACAUCAAAAAUUUUCACUUAACUGGCAAAUGAAGUACAUUGAAGUUUAUAUGGUUUACAACAAUGGCGUUUAUAAUGCAUUUAAAAGCGAAUAUGGAACAGAAGCAGAAGCCAUGAAACGAAUAAGGCAGCAUGCUCUCGAAUCGAUCAGCAUUGUAGACAAGAUGUAUUUGAAAGCAAAGAUCAGGGUAUUGCUAAAAGGGUUUGAGGUAUGGAGUCAAGGAGAUCUAGCCAAUACCGGGAACACAAAAACAAGCUGGGAAGUCCAUGGGAACUUUAGAGAAUAUUCUAGAAAGCUUCGACUUGAAAAAGGCCUAAAAUACGAUGUUGCCAUACAUGUAUUUGACAAGAAUCUAUAUGGAGCAGCAGGAACUGCCACGUCACAUUACUGCAGGCAAUCAAACUGGGGAGAAGUCUUCACAAUGGCUACGCUUGGAGGACGAGACAGAAUCAUUCCGAGAUCUCUUGCAAAUAUUCUUACACAUGAACUCGCCCAUCAUCUGCGCUCUGGACAUAAUUUCGAUCCCGAAUAUACAUGUCCUACAUAUCAUUUAUUUGGCGGUCGUUGUACGCUUGGAGGAAACGAUUGGCCAAAAGCUUUUUCAAUGGGAGAACUAAAUAUGAUCAGGGUUGACGGAUUCAGCUGCUUGGACAACAAACCUAGCCAGUCCAGUCUCCUUGGCUGCGGAAAUGGAGUAAUAGAGUCUGGUGAAGAGUGUGAUUGUGGACAGUCUGAGGACUGUUUGAAAAACAAUCCAUGCUGUGAUGGCAGCAUUUGUAAACUGAGGAGAAAUAAUGGCGCAGAAUGUAGCACAGAGAGAUGUUGCUCAAACUGCAAGUUUGACCGCACCAGAAAUGGCUGUAGCCCGACACCAAUUGUUCUUUCUGGAAGCGAUUUCGGCGAGAUCGGUGAAAGUAGCGAAAAUGUAAAUAUUUUGAAAAGCUGGAAUAUUCGAGUAAGUCAAGGGAGCAAGGUGACAUUGAUAAUGAAUUUAAUGAAAUUCGAAUUUGAUGAGGGUUGCCCAAAUGACUAUAUUGAAGUUCGAGAUGGUGGCUUGUCCUCCAGCCCUUUGAUCGGCAGAUACUGCAGGAGCCCGCCGUCCAUGCACGUGACGUCAUCCACAAAUAGCCUUUAUGUUACAUACAAAAGCGAUGCUUCUUUUGCAAGCCAUUUCAAGCUGUUCUAUACGGCAUCGGACGGGCCAGCUGUUGAAAAUAAAGAUGUUGUCAUCAAAAGCAAGAAGGACGGGAAAUGCUUUGAAGCAGAUUACUCAAAAGCCAACGUUAUAAUGAACACAGGAUGCAAAGAUCUCUUCACAUAUACAAAGCAAAGCACCUUGCAGCACCAGGGUACAGGCUUGUGUUUAGAGCCUUAUGACUGGUACGGCAGUUAUAACAAAUGGCACAAAAUCUUGCUGAAAGGAGACUGCUCUAGCCAUGCUUCGGUAUUCAUUUCGACGUCCCAAGACUCAUUUGUACAUGCUGCAAGCGGAUAUUGUCUAUACAACAGCAAUGGUAACCUGCACAUAAUGACCUGCGAUGGAACGUCUUCAACAAAAUUCUCAAUAAUCAAAGAUAGUGGACCAACAACAAAACCACCGAUUCAAGGCUCAUUCAGAAUACAGCAUCAUAGCAAGAAGUGCUUCAACUACGACUCUGCAAACCAAAGAAUCCAGCUAUCAUCUGUCUGUGACGACUUAUACUAUCUAAGCACUACAAAGUCUCUAGUACACUACGCAACUGGUAAAUGCGUGAGGCCUUUGUCAAACGGUGACAAUUCAUACAUCGCACUAAGCGCAAACUGUGACGACAACACGAAGUUCGAGCUCACAUCUUUUGGGUCACUGAGACAAAUCAAGACCGGUUCUUGUGUCCAUCCACUGAAUGGAGCUUUGUAUCCAAAGGAAGGACAGCCUGUAGUCAUUUAUCGAGGGUGCGAUGUGGACCGAUUGAAAUUUUCAUUCGUGGCACCCCCAGUUAGA